AUUUCGAUUUUACUUUGGAUCUUAAUAGACAGUUUUUCGAGUGUUUUGAACAUGGACAGCUGUCAUGGGAACGCCCAUGGUUGCUGUGACGGAUAUUUUUGGGAUAGAAACGCUUGUGUCAGAUGCCCAACAGGAUAUAUUGCCAUAAACUGCUCUGAAAAAUGUACGUACCCGAGCUACGGAGAGGAUUGUCAACACGAAUGUCAAUGCAAUGAGACAGAGUGUCACCACAGCACUGGAUGUAUGAAUAUUUCUACAGGUACAUAUAGGACGAAUAUUCUACAUUGAAUAAUAAGAAUGAUUUGGGUGUAGAUUUCUCAAACAAAGCUCAGAGUCCGUGGAGUACGAACAAAAUCAUCGCUCUAUGCACAUUAGUGAUAUUUUCAAUCAGUAUUGUACUUUGUGGUGUGCGUUUUAUAGUAAAAAUGAAGAACCGGAUAACUCAAAAUGUAUCAAACUUACAAAAUCAAACUCCAAAUGAUCCACUGUACCAGGAAAUUCCAGAUGGACUUAUUCUAAGAAAUUUCAGGGAAGAGAAUCGGAAUUUUACAUGUUUCACGCAUGUACAGAGUAAUGUGGACUGAAUACAUGUACAAGUACAGUAAUCAAA